AUGGUCAAGAUCGAAGAAUUGAAACUGGACGACGGUGAUGACGGCUUUGUCACGGAGUCAGAUAGCUCAUCAGUCUCAGAUCCUUCAGAAGCUGAUCUAGCUGAUGACCGGUCCUCGGCGGAUUCGGAAGAUGAAGAACUGAAACGAUCGCUACAAAUGUAUCGGGCUGAGGACGAGACAAUUGCUGAUCGGAUAUACGCCCUGCGCGACAUCAUCAGACCAACGACGAGAGAAUCGAUCUGUCAGCGAUGGAAUUCGAUCUGGGAUAAGUCCACCUCAACAGGCAGGACACUCGGGAAUGUUGCCUGGGUAAUCACCACGAGUAUCAUUCUUGUCGGACUACCCAUGGCGCUAUCGAUCGAGGCCGAAAGUAUGCUCGUCUCCCACGAAAAGGAGAUGGAGAGGCAACGCCAGGGUCAAAACACUCUCACCACGGGCACAACCCCUAUUGGCGAUGCGAACCAGCCUCCUCCAGCCUUCUCGUGA